AUGCGAUCCCGGAGCGGCUCCGGGGUUCGCCUCGAUCGCAUUCUGUUCAUGGUGGAACAGACAAUUUGUAGCCACCAGAACCCAAUCACCGCGCUGUUCGCAAAUCAGAAAGAUUUUCCAGGUCAUGCGUGGGUCCGUGACAAUGUCUAUAUCGCUCAAGCUCUGUGGGCUCUUUAUCGAGCAUACAUGAAGUGUGCAGACUUUGAUGAAGAUCUAACGAAGGCAAAAGAAUUAGGAUUCACAUGCGUAAAAAUGAUGCAGUCCAUCUUGGAAUGCUUGAUGCGACAAGCAGACAAAUUGGAGCAAUUCAAGAAGUACCAACGCCCUCUCGAUGCCUUACACUCUAAAUACGCUGUCGCUACAAAAGGGACUGUUUGUGGAGAUGCUGACUGGGGACAUCUUCAAAUGGAUGCGAUUUCACUAUACCUUCUCACACUUGCUCAAAUCACAGCAUCUGGUCUCCAAGUUGUCAGAAACUUCGAUGAAGUGGCAUUCAUUCAAAAUUUGGUUUACUACAUCGAAACUGGAUACAGAACACCUGAUUACGGAGUCUGGGAACGUGGAGACAAAACCAAUCAAGGAAUUCGUGAACUGAAUGCUUCAUCCAUCGGAAUGGUUAAAGCAGCUCUGCAAGCUCUCAAUGAUGUCGGAGAUCUCUUUGUAGAUGGAUCACGAGGAUCAGUGGUUCAUGUUCUUCCCGAUGAAAUUGAACAAUGCUCUGCGGUUCUUUCCAGUAUGCUUCCGAGAGAGUCAUUCAGUAAAGAAACGGAUGCUGCACUUCUUGGAAUUAUCAGCUAUCCAGCAUUCUGUGUUGAAGACCCAGAAUUGGUAGCUCAAACGAGGGAAACUAUCACUCAUAGGUUGUUAGGAAAGUACGGAUGCCGCCGAUUCAUGCGUGAUGGUUACAAGACUGUUCUAGAAGAUGGUUCUCGUCUUUACUACAACAAAUCAGAACUCCAACAAUUUGAAGAUAUUGAAUGCGAAUGGCCCAUUUUUCUGUGCUAUCUAAUUUUAGAUGCUAUGUAUUCGAAAGACGAUGAGGCCGUGGAAGCUUAUUGGCAGCAACUAGAAAGUGUUUUAGUUUUGAGUGACAAGGGAUUCCGCCUUGUCCCAGAGCUCUAUGUAGUUCUCAGGGAACAUGUAUCCGCCGAGAAAGCACAUCCUAGCACACAGCCUCGUGUUCCUGGUGGAGCAACACCAUUCCUUUGGGCCCAAUCAUUGUAUGUGAUUAUCUGUUUGCUUUAUGAAGGAUUUCUUCUUCCCGCUGAACUUGAUCCUCUCAGUAGACGUCUAUCUGUUUACGAGAAGAGACCUCCAUGUGAGGUUCAAGUGACAGUUUUAGCUGAAUCGGCCGAUGUUCAACGAGAACUUCGCGCCCACGAUAUUCAUGUGCAACGUGUAGAUGAGAUCGAUCCAGUUUUUACGAUUCUCCCAGCAUCCGCUCUUGGACACUUAUUGGAAAAAAUUGGCGAAUCCAAGAAGCUGAAUCUUUCCGGAAGACCGCUAGAUCGCCCAAUCGGCUUGUUGAGUACCAGUCGUCUGUACCAAAUAGGAAACAAAUUCGUCAUUUUUACUCCCCAAUUCAUGGACUCCCGACGUUCUCAUCUGAUGUACGAUAUUCGAAUUCUAACAGACGAAUGGAGCAGUGAGCUACAGUAUAUUUAUGCAUCAUGGAAUAGUGUCAGCAUCAGUGGAAGGCCACUUGUUGUUCUGGUUAUCACUCAAGGAAUGCUUUCGACUGAAGGACUUUCGCACUUUUCAAAUAUUCAUCUGAAUCGUCAUAUGAAGUCUACUGUAAUCGGAGCUAUCAAGAAAAUCAACACUGGAUAUUUGAGUGGAGCUCGAGUGGUUAUGAAGGAUUUGUCAGACUUCUUCCGUACGACGGCAGUCAGUAAAAUGGAAUUCCGGGAUAAGAAGGCCGAGGAGAUGUUGAGAAGUGUGGCAGCUGAAAAAGUGCAAUUCACAUUACUAACAGAAGAUGCAACAGAAGCGAAAAGUGAAAAAAUGGCUUCACCACGAGGCCCAAGAACACUGAAACGUGGAGAAUCCGUGAAGGAUAGAAGCGCCUACUCACUGAUUCAUAAAGCGUCUAUGAGACAUCGCUCGAUUGCGCUCGACAGCAAUGAUGCGGAUCUCAUCCAACUCCGUUUGGCUUACAAGUCUCGACCAAGAGAUCUUCAUGAAAUGGAUUCACCUCGACAGUCGCCACCUCUCGGACAGAAGCCACUUGGUCUGGUCAAAGAACACAGUUCUGGAGAAUUACGACAGCAAUUGCUGAAGACUACAAGACGUGGAGCAGAAAAUGAAACAGCUCACAGAGAUCUGAAAACGGAGCAGAUCAUGGAAAUGAAAGCAGACGAUUUGUUGGAUCUUUUGAAUGAAACAACAGUUCUUGAAGAACAAAUUUCGAUCGUUCACUGCUUGUGGAUGAAAUUUGGACCAGACUAUGACACAGAACUAGGUUGCCAGCAUAUCACAGUUCGAAUGUUGAUGGAAGAAGUGCACACCAAGGCAUGCGAAGCUCGUGAAUGGGCGCUUGUCAGAUUGACAGCUGGUCUUCUCAAAAAACAGCUUGAAGAACUGAGCAAAGCUGUAACACAUCUUCUUGUCCGGCAGAAACAAAUAACGGUUGGAAUGGCUUCGAAAAAAGAGGAAGUGAUCACUUGCCCUAAAACGAAUGAAGAACUUGAGAAGAUUAUGAAUCGUGCUUACGGUGAUGAUGCGAACUCAUUCACACUCGCACAAGAAAUCAUCGUGUAUUUGGGAUCUCUUGUUCGCACCGAGCCAAAACUCUUUCUUGAAAUGUUCCGACUGCGGAUCGGUCUUAUCAUCCAGGUUCUCGCCUCCGAACUCGCACGUCUUCGGAAUCUGUCUGGAACAGAGGCAGCUGAAACUUUGUUAACCGUAUCACCUUUUGAACUCAAAUCAAUGAUAUUCUCAUUGCUUUCUGGACGACUCCUUGAAGAAUACGCUGAAGAUGGAUUCCAUUAUGGAGACACCAUCCGAGAAACUCGAACUGGAAUCGGAUCAUUCCGACGACAAAUUGAAGAACGUAAAUCUCUUAGAAAAUCGACUAGAAGUGUGGGUGGAUUAGAUAUUCCCAAGGAAGAAGACGAAGAAGACGAAGCGGAUGAGGAUGAUUUCCAAUUUGGAAUAUGGUUGAGACAUCGUCGAAUUGAUGGUGCUUUGAACAGAGUUCCAAAUGGUUUCUAUGCAAUCUUAUGGGAUACUGUACAUAAAAUGCCACAUGGUGUGAAGAUCAACGACACGAUUCUUCAUUGGGGACUCACCCAGGAAAUGACAAGAAAGGAAAUUAAGUUUGCAUUGGAAGUCGAGGAAGCUCUCAAUAGAAUAGCAGAACCGGAAUAUCGAGAACUUGUAGUGGAGACGCUAUGGCUUUUGGGAAGACUUGAGAAGUUGGUGCUCCUUGAGCAGCCCAAUAUUCCUAGAGAUAGACCAUUGGAUGUGGACCACAUUCUACAUGUUGCUAAUCAAAUUUUCGUAAAUCAUAAUAAACAACUUGAAACUCUCGUAUUGGAAUGCUGCGCCUCAUCAAAUCCGAAUAACACAAAAUGCGAUGGAGCCCGCAGCAUCUGUAAACACUUCUAUGAUUCAGCACCAGCUGGAGAGUACGGUACCAGUCACUAUAUCAUCCGUGCUCUUAUGCAGCUUUACUCUUGA